CCCGCCGAGAGAAAGGCAGAGCUCCUCUUGCCGGCUUCCCUCUACGGACAGUCUGGCUUGGCUGGCAGCGCAUGAAGAUGCUGCGCCACUUACUUUCCGCACUCCAGGAGGGCUUGUCUCUCUCUGUCAUUCUGGUGUUCCUGGCUACCUUCCUGCUCCUUGCCGACUACCUGAAAGGCAGGCGUCCCAGGGGGUAUCCUCCGGGCCCCGUGCGUCUUCCCAUCCUGGGCAAUAUUCUGCAGUUUGGUGCCAAGAAUCCUCUUUCCGAUAUAGAGAAGCUUAGAGAAAAACAUGGCAACGUCUUCAGCGUGGAGGUUGGAAGCAUGAAGUUUGUGGUUGUGAGUGGGCAGCCGCUGGUGAAGGAGGUCCUUGUCCAUCAUGGUGAAGACUUUGUAGAUCGUCCAGAAAUGGCUUUUAUACGUGAAGUCUUUGGGCCAUAUGGACUGAUCUUCUCCAACGGGCUCAGCUGGAAGCAGCAAAGGCGGUUUGCCUUAUCCACGCUGAGAAACUUUGGUUUGGGCAAGAGAAGCUUAGAAGAACGAAUCCAGGAGGAGAGCAGAUACCUAACUGACGCCAUUGAGGAGCAGAAAGGGCAACCGUUCGACCCCCAUUUGCAGAUUAAAAACGCAGUUUCAAAUAUCAUCUGCUCCGUCACUUUUGGGGACCGUUUUGAAUAUUCUGAUAGCAAAUUCCAGCAGCUCUUGCAAUUGGUUGAUACAAGCAUGGACCUUCAAGACAGUAUUUGGAUGCAGUUGUUCCAAGCCUUUCCGACCUUCAUGAAACACGUGCCAGGUCCCCAUCAGACCCUUCUUAACAUUUGGAGAAGUCUCAAGUCCUUUGUAAGAGAAAUAGUUGACAAGCACAAAGAAGAUUGGAACCCACACGAAGCAAGAGACUUCAUUGAUGCAUAUCUGAACGAAAUGGCCAAGGAAGACGCUGCUCCCAGUUUCCACGAGGAAGGCCUGCUACAGUGUGCACUGGAUCUUUUUGGUGCCGGAAUGGAGACGACUUCCGCAACGCUCUGCUGGGCUCUGCUGUACAUGGCCCUUCACCCAGACAUCCAAGCCAGAGUCCAAGAAGAAAUCGAUUCCGUGAUUGGGCAGUCGCGACUUCCAGCACUGGAGGACCGGGAUCGCAUGCCCUACACCAACGCGGUCAUUCACGAAGUCCAGAGGUUCAGCAACAUCGUGCCUCUAAAUGUGCCCCGGAUGGCUACGAGGGACACGACCCUGGCCGGGUUUUUCCUGCCCAAAGGAACCGUCCUGAUGACCAACCUGACCUCCGUGCUGCACGACAAGGAUGAGUGGGAAACCCCCGCUGUGUUCAAUCCUGGCCAUUUCCUUGAGAACGGCCACUUCAGGAAAAGGGAAGCGUUCAUCCCGUUCUCUGCAGGGAAGCGAGCGUGUCUCGGAGAGCUGUUGGCCAGGACGGAGCUUUUCCUUUUCUUCACUGCUCUGAUCCAGAAGUUCACUUUCCAGGCUCCGGAGAAUGUGACGCUACGCUCCGACCUCAGGGUCGGCAGCUCAAUAGGUCCAAAGCCAUACCGGAUACAUGCAUCCUCUCGCUGACGGAAGCCACCUGAUCCUUGGCCAGCUGUCAAUAUGUCCUUCCCUUCUGUUCUUGGGGGCCAUUGUGGAACCUGUGCCAGGCACAGUCCCAUAGACGUGGACUUAGAAACAGGGCGAGUCAGAAGGGGCUCCCGGGCUAUCUAGUCUGACCCCCGGCUCCAGCCGGCU